AUGGCGCCUCUACCGUCCAACUCCUCCGCCGUCCCGCCUCAAGGCGCUAUCACCACUAUCCUCGACGGCGCCUAUGUGCUGGGCAUCUCUCCCCUGAGCCUGUUUCUGGCUCAGUCCUUUGUCGUCAUCGUUCUGGUGCGGCUGCUCAGCACUCCUCUCGUCCACAUCCACCAGCCUCGCGUCAUUGCCGAAAUUAUCGCCGGAAUAUGCCUCGGCCCGUCUGCCCUCGGAAAGAUCCCCGGCUUCACCAAUGCUCUGUUCCCAGCGCCGUCGCUCGGGUUCGUGAGUUUGCUGGCCAACUUUGGACUGCUUCUGUUCAUAUUCACGAUCGGUCUCGAGCUUGACAUCCGCCUGCUCUGUACCAACGCCACCAAGAGCGUCGUCAUCUCUCUGAGCGGAAUCCUUCUACCAUUUAUUUGCGGCGUUGGCGUUUCCAAGCUGCUGUACGAUGCUGAUCAAAGUGCCGGCUUGGAUGUACCCUUUGCGUCAUUCAUGGCCUUUCUCGGGGUGGCCAUGUCCAUCACGGCGUUUCCUGUCCUGGCUCGCAUCAUAACAGACCGCAAGCUCAUAUCGACCUCGGUGGCCCAGAUGACGCUGUCCGCAGCGGCCAUCGACGACCUCGUUGCCUGGUCGAUGCUCAUUCUGGUGGUUUCCUUGAUCAACAACUCGGGCAGCUCUCUGACAGGACUGUACACUUUUUUGCUUGUGUGCGGAUAUGCUGUCAUUCUGGUGAUUGUUUUGCGCCCCUUUCUGGAGUGGUAUGUGACCCGAUGCUAUACCCAGGAGAAGGCCGAGGAGGGCGAGCCCGUGCCAAACCAUCUGGUGACGAUUGCGUUCCUGCUGAUCAUCGUAUCGGCUUGGUUCACCGAGAUCCUGGGAAUCCACGGGCUCUUUGGGGCAUUCCUGGUGGGGCUUGUAAUGCCUCACGCAAACGGCUUUUCGUACCGGCUGGUGGAGAAGAUUGAGGAUGUCGUGACCAUCAUCUUCCUGCCUCUGUACUUUGCCAACUCGGGGCUCAACACCCGGCUUGAUUUGCUCAACGACGGCACGAGUUGGGGAUUCGUUGUCCUGGUGACAGUUGUCGCCUGCUUCGGCAAGAUUGUGGGAUGUGGUGGCUCGGCCUGGUUGCUCGGGCGUCCGUGGCGAGAAUCGCUCACGAUCGGCAUCCUCAUGAACACGAAGGGUCUUGUCGAGCUCAUUGUGCUCAACCUUGGCCUCGAGGCCAACAUCAUCAGCCCAAAGACCUUUACCAUUAUGGUCGUGAUGGCGGUGCUGACAACCAUGCUCAGCUCGCCGCUUGUCUCGCUCGUUUACCCACACAAGUACCACAUGGGCGAAAUGAAGCCGGGCUCGUCGCACCUGUCGCUGCCAAGCCCGUACAAAAAGAUCCAGUUUCAGGACCAGCAGAACCAAAUCUCCCAGACCGACAUCCAGCCAAGGAUCGUGUCCUCGCCCCAGCUACAGAAACAGUUCUGGCAGCGUGAUCCCAGCAUGGGAUCCAGGGUCGACUUUGAUGCCCUCGGCCCUGCCCAGCGUCGCUUCUCGGUGUCGACAGCCAUGUUCAGCCAAAACGAGAGGACGUUCUUGUUCUGCUUGCCGUCGCUGCAGGCCAUUCCCACGGUUCUGUCGCUUGUGCACAUUUUCAAGACCGGCAAGGCUGACGUCCAUGUGCUGCGACUGAGGGCGCUCUCGGACCGCUACUCGUCGCUCAUGAUGCUGGCGUCCGAGCCCACCGAGUUCCUGGCUGCCAAGGACCUAGUCAUGAACAUGCUUCUGAGGCUGCUGGCCAUCACUAGCGGCCAUAGCAUCGAGUCCCGCCUCGCCGUGGUACCGCGCGCCUCCGAGUAUGCCGAUCCGAUCCUCGAAUGUGCCUUUGAGGUGGGCUGUCGACUGAUCGUCGUUCCGUAUAUACCGCCAAACUCGCCCUUGAACGACGGUCCGUCCCCAAGCCCGACCGGGUCCAUCACCAGCUACAACAGCAACCAUGACGAAGCGCCCUGGAUCCGGGCUGUCUUUGAGGGCGCCCCUUGCACCUCGGUUCUGUUUGUCGACCGCGGGUUUCGCACACUCGUGCCCAGGAAGGACCCGGUCUUCCACGGCACCGCAACCGCAAGUGACAUGCAUCGCAUCGUCCUGUACUUUCUCGGGGGCGACGACGACCGCGAGGCCCUCAUCUAUGCCACGCACAUCAUCCACGCCACCCCAUCUCAGUUCGUCCUAUGCUUGCGCUGCGGGAUGGCCGAGACGCUGCCCCAGGGUGUCCCUGUGCAGAUGCUGUCCGAAAACAGUCUCUCGACGAUCGAGAUGGACUUUUCGCAGCUCAAUCUGGCUCAGGAGUGCAUCGACCUCUCGGCCGAGGACCAGGCCUUCAUCUGCGACAUCCUCAAGUGCAUCGCUAACCGCACGGUCGUCCGGAUCGGCAAGAAAAUCGACGACAUCAUUGACCAUGCGACGUUCUUGGGCCUGGCGGGUUCGGAUUUGAUUGUCUUUGGACGGGACUGCUAUCAUACCGAGCCGGAGCUGUCCGGGUGGGUCGAAGGCAACCGCUGCCCCACCUCCGUGUCCAUCGUGAAGCGACACAUCAGUCACUAG